AUGAAGCCGUGCUCUUUGCUACUGCAGACGCUUCAAAAGCAUAAGCUUCUGGGGGAGCCGCUGCGAGAAUUUAAAGUAAAGGAGGAAACAAAGGAGUGUGUCUAUGCCGCAUUGAAAACCGAGCUCUUUUUCCAAAACAUAGAAGAGUGCGAGUCCCGAGGCGUUUUAAUGUGCUAUGAUGAGCUGGUUGAGUAUUCUCUGCCUGCUGUGUCCUCAGAGAUCAAAAUAUCUGACGAGGAGAUAUAUUACAUGGAGAAGACGCUGAAAAGCGUGUUCAGACACGCGCUGCACUCUUUUUACUUGGCAAAAAGCGGAGACAAGCUAUACUUGCACAUUAAGUAUGCAGAGGAGCCGUCCACUCUAAUAGUAGGGCCGGUCGUGCAGUCUGGAAAAACCGCGGAGACAGAUACAGAGGCCGCCGAGUUUAUGGGCCUUUGGGAGGGCCUGAUAGAGCACAGAAUGUUUGAAGACGGGAAAAUUCGGGUGUGUGCGCACUUCAAGGACUGCAAGCCCGACACCAUGCGGUAUGAGAUGCUGUGCAGGAUAUUUAGCAUAAAGACGCAGGAAAGCAAAAAGGCGGCAAGCAAGAAGGCGGCAAGCGAGAAGGCGGCAAGCGAGAAGGCGGGGUGCAAGAGGCCUGCAAGAAUACUUACGCCCACCAUAGCGCUGGAAUCGGUGGACCUAGGAUACCAGGGGUCGAAUCGAAAGAAAAGCCAUCUUUCAAUAAACAGCUCGCUCGAUGCAAUCCGGGAAUCGUUUCCUGUCACGAUUAUAGAGUCUGUGUACACAGGCCCGUACAGCCGCAUGACCCGGGCCAUAGCAGAGCAAAGGUCGCAGGUAUACCUAAAGGUGGGGCGGGGCCAUAUAUGGCCAAAGCAUGACGCGCGCCUGUCCGAUGCCUCAAUAACCGCGCUGAAUGGGGUUCUGGGAAAGUCUCUAGAGAGGCACACCACCAUAGAAGGGAUAUCAAAAGACAACACGGUGUACAGCACGCUGUUUGGCGAGCGUUUUGAGUUUAUUUUCGACGUGGAGGGAGAGCAGAGCAUCCAUCCAGAGAAGUACCAUUUGAUGAACUUCCGGGUGGAGUACGAGAGGUUCUUCCAGGAGGCGUCCAGCCGGCAAAAAGGGUUCCCCAGGCUAUGCGCGCUUGUAAAAAACCUUUUGCACGCGCACGGGCUAUACCCGCACUACAUAUCGGAUGUGGCCGUGGAGAUUUUCUGCUACAGAACAGGAUACAGCGCAAACACGCUUUCGGGAGGGCUGCGGGCUGUUAUGUCAACGCAGUACUCCUACGGGUAUGCGCUGGAUAUACGGAGGGGAAAGUGCAAAAUACGCCCAAAGAAGACCGGAAAGAUCGAAAUAACCCACAGCGCAGGCGCCUACACAAUUGACCUUCCGCCGGAAAGCAUGCACAAUGAAAUGAACCAGAUCUUUAAGAGCUCUUUGCAGAUGACAGAGAACAUUCCAGGCAUAACAGAGAGCAGAGAAGUGUCUUCAGUCUUCAGAGGCCUAUUUGUGCCCAGCACCAACGGCGUGGCCUUUUCUUUGAGCAGCGUGCCUUUAAGGGAUUACACAGAAAUAGCCCACUACACAGCACACCUGGGCGGCGCCCACACCAGGACAGACGAGGCACACUGUUUCUCAACACUAAUAGACAUGGGGUGCACUCCGUACUUCUGCAGAUCCGGCAUUCUUCAUGUGCGCAUGAGCGACCAAUCCAGCGCAAAGCUGGCCAUAGGCGCUGCAGUCCUUCUGACAGGCAUGAAGUACAUCAAAGUAAGAACGCACGAGCAUACACAUAAAUAA